CAAAUCAGCUAGAGAGUAAACGGGCAGAAACCAAAUAAACCGUCAUAACGAACCUAAUUUCACCUCCUUCCUGCCUAACCUACAGAUCUCUGUGAAUCAUACACUUUACUUCUAUCAAUUUCCCUCUGUCAAUGAUCUCAAAUCACAAUUCUCGAUCUCCAAAUCAAAAACCCUAGAUUCAUUACAAUUUCUAGGGUUUCUAACAAUGCCGAUGCCAUCAUCCAGGAAGUUCUUCCAUGCUCGUCAUCCAUCUAACAUAGGUCGUAGAUCAGUCGUGCUAACUCUCUGUUCCUUGAUUGGAUUGUUAUUCAUCGGCAUUGUCGUUCUGAGACAAGAUAUCACUGGAGUAUAUAAAUGUAAACAUAGUAAACCUAUUUCGGUGUCUGUGGUUUGGGAUAGAAGUGGUGGUUCUAGCGAUUUGGUUUCUGAAGGAGAUCAGAAUAGGCAUAAGGUGAUGGGUUUUGUUGGAAUUCAAACAGGUUUUGCAUCGGCUGGUAGACGGCGAUCAUUACGGAAGACUUGGAUGCCUUCCGAUCAUCAAGGCCUUCAACGCUUGGAAGAAGCAACUGGCCUGGCCUUCAGGUUCAUCAUUGGUAAAACUAAGGAUUCAUCAAAAAUGGCAGAGCUGAGGAGAGAGGUGGAGGAAUACGACGACUUCUUGCUUUUAGACAUUGAAGAGGAGUACAGUAAGCUCCCAUACAAAACCUUAGCUUUCUUCAAAGCUGCAUAUGCACUUUAUGAUUCUGAUUUUUAUGUUAAAGCUGAUGAUGACAUAUACCUACGACCAGAUCGCCUCUCACUGCUUCUGGCUAAAGAACGCCAUCACACACAGACGUAUCUUGGAUGCAUGAAGAAAGGUCCUGUGUUCACUGACCCAAAGCUCAAAUGGCAUGAGCCACUAGGGUAUAUGCUUGGGAAAGAAUACUUUCUCCAUGCUUAUGGUCCAAUAUAUGCUCUUUCUGCAGACGUUGUUGCAAGCUUGGUUGCUUUAAGAAAUAACAGUUUUCGGUUGUUUAGCAAUGAGGAUGUUACAAUUGGUGCAUGGAUGCUUGCAAUGAAUGUGAAUCAUGAGAAUAAUCGUCAACUUUGUCAACCAGAAUGCACCACUACAUCUAUUGCUGUUUGGGAUAUUCCCAAGUGUUCAGGACUGUGUAACCCUGAAAAGAAGAUGUUGGAACUUCAUCAAAUGAGCAUGUGCUCAAACACUCCAACUUUGGUAUCAAAUGAGUGAGAUGAGAAUUUUUCAGAGUUUAUAGUUGGUUCACUCUUUGUAUUAGUUAGUAUAUACCAAAAUUAACAAACACAGUUGUAUCAGAAAACUCCUUUGUUUUUAGGGCAUUUAUCCAGGAUGUAGUAGUAGUAGUAAUAGUAUUCACAAUGUUUGUUGAUAGAAUGUUUUUGGGAGGAAUGAAAUUUGUCAUAGAAACUGGAAUUGGAAUAUCAAGGAUAAUCAUAAUUUUGUCA